CCAUAUCCAUUCCACGUUUAGCGUCUUCUCGUUGGCGGUGUAACUACCUCUUAUAUAAACAAAACCUUUUCUUCCAUUCUUCUGAAACCGCAGGAUCUUUGCGCUCACCUCCUCUCUCGUUCCCGGCGGCGAGGUCACCGGCCACCGUGGCGCCGCCUCCACGCGCAUUUGGCUGUUCAGUGAAUCUCUGCCUCUGCUGGGAGAAUUGAGGAGUUUUUCAAUGGGUGUAGCUGAAGAUCCUGUAAAUAAUAAAGAUGCCACACAAAAUCUUGUAGAUAACAAACUUGGUGAAGCAGAAAAUCCUGCCAAUGUCAAAGAAAUCGUUGCAGAAAAUCCAAUAGAUGAUAAAGGGAGGCCUGAAGAAAAUCCUAUAAAAGACAUGGCAGAUUGCCUUCCAGAUGAAGCAACUCAGAUAUUGAAAUCAUUGGCCAGUGAAUGGGAGAAUGUACUAGAUGCAAAUGCAUUGCAGGUGAUUCCUCUCAAGGGGGCAAUGACCAAUGAGGUAUUCCAGAUUAAAUGGCAAACAACAGCAGGGGAAACCUCGCGAAAGGUUCUAGCUAGAAUCUAUGGUGAGGGCACAGACAUUUUCUUUGAUAGGGAUGAUGAAAUCCGAACAUUUGAAUUCAUUUCAAAGAAUGGGCAGGGACCUCGUUUGCUAGGAAGGUUUGCACAUGGCCGCAUUGAAGAAUUCAUCCGAGCUCGGACCUUAUCAGCAUCUGAUCUGCGUGAUCCGUCUAUUUCUGCUCUUAUAGCCACCAAAAUGAAGGAGUUUCAUGAUCUCGACAUGCCUGGCCCAAAGAAAGUGUUACUUUGGGAAAGAUUGCGAAACUGGCUUAGUGAGGCGAGGCGCUUGUGUUCUCCGGAAGAAGUUGAAACAUUUCAUUUGGACACAAUGGACAAGGAAAUCUCUAGUUUGGAAAAUGAACUAUCGGGCACUCACCAACGUAUAGGGUUUUGCCACAACGAUUUACAAUAUGGUAACUUUAUGCUUGAUGAAGAGAACAAUUCUGUGACCAUAAUAGAUUAUGAAUAUUCAAGUUAUAAUCCUGUGGCAUAUGAUAUUGCAAACCACUUCUCUGAGAUGGUUGCGAAUUAUCAUACGGAAACCCCACAUGUUCUUGACUACAGUAAAUAUCCUGAUUUGGAGGAGCGUAAAAGAUUUGUGCAUACAUAUUUGAGUUCUUCAGGUCAACAACCUAGUGACAGUGAAGUGCAGCAGCUAGUUGAUGAAGUCGAGAAGUAUACACUUGCAAAUCAUCUAUUAUGGGGCGUGUGGGGAAUAAUUUCGGAGCAUGUAAACAAAAUUGACUUUGACUACAAGGAGUAUGCAAAACAGAGGUUUCAAGAGUACUGGUCAAGGAAAAAACAUCUUUUGAGCUCUGAUGAGUCUUCCCAUGAUAAUGUGACAUACAUUAAUGGAGAGCAAGCACCGAUAUCGAUCCCCGGCGAAAAACCAGCAAAUGUCUUCAGGAAGUUGAAGAAAUUGUUUGGUCUAGGUUUAUUCAGAUCGAAACACUAGAGCAGGGUAUUCCUCUACUUUCAACUUUAAGAGUGAAAAUGGAAGAUAUGGGAAAAUAUAGAUACAGAAAUGCACUAUGCUUGUAUUGCAACUUUUCUCUAUUCUUCAUUUCGCCGCUGAUGUUUCAUAAACACCUCGGCUCCAUCCAGAAUCAGAAAUGACAUAAGGAAGAGAAGUGAGAAAUCUGAUGGAUGAUGUUAUGCAAAAUAAUAGAGAUUGGAAGAACGAAGUGGAAGUAGAAUAAAAUAAAGAGUGGGUUUUCUUCCUAUGUACCAAAAAAACAGAAAAUAUGGGUAUCAAUAUAUUAAAGUUAUAGUUUCACUAA